AUGUCUGUAUCUUUACAUGAAGAUUACAUACCAAGUAAUGGAUUUGCCGCUAAGCAAUUUGGAGUCAUGGAAGUUGAAAUUAAUUCCCAACUCAUUUCGAGCUCAAAAACAACCUGCGAAUAUUUUCUUGCUGAUUACAUGACAAAAUUCGGAAACUUUAACCGCGACUACGUCUCAUCAGCUUAUCAGAUUGAGGGUUAUUAUGAUCAUGAAGUCUAUGACUACUUGACGCAACCUGAUAAAGAGGUUCUCAAACAGAUUCGUCGACCGCAAUGCUUUCGCGACGGAGAUCACUACGUAUAUGAGCUUGUUUUCUUUCCGAGUAAUGGAUUUUGCUUGGAUAAUAAACCUCUGCCACUAAACACAACAAUGAAACUUAAAUUCAACCGUCUACGAUCAGAGUUUUCUACCGUUUACAUCGGUUCGACCCCUGAACAAGCCACCCAUAAGGGCAAGCCUCUUGAGAUAAAGGAUUGCUAUGCUGUUUGUGAAUAUGUAUCGAGCCCGUCGAUCCGAAACUAUUUUACACGAAUAAAAUCAAAGCCUAUCUCGUACAAAUAUCAAGAAAUCACCGUUUCAACUAGAGACAUUCCUGAGAAAACUGGGAAUCUGACUCUCCACAAUAUCAAAGGAGGGAAUACACCCGCGGUUCUUUUUUUCGGGCUUACUAAUACGAAAUCCUUCCAGGGUGCUAUUGAUAAGGAAACGACAGCAUUUGGAUUCCAUCAAGACUUGCAAAACAUCAAUCUCACAUUAAAUGGACAGUCUUGCCUUGGAUAUCCAAUGCGAAUAACUAACCAACUUCCGAUUUGGCCAUAUUUUCGACUGAUGGAUGUCAUGGACAAGCUUGUCUCGUCGACUUCACCAAACACCUUAUCCCUUGAGCAAUUCAAGAAAUCGUCCAUAUUUGCUCACGAGUUUUCUGGAACAGAAGAAACUCAAGGUUGGAUGAAUCUCGUCCUUGAUUUCAAAGAACCAACUACGGAAGCUCAAACUUUGGUCAUGUGGUCGUGCCAUUCAGUUAAAAUAACGAUCGAUGAGCAUGGCACUGUCGAAAAGGAAGUUCUGUAA